GCUGGUCACACUGUUACGAAAAACACCUGCACACACGUAAAUUACACAAUAUCAGUGUUAUUAUAGUUUUAUUUAAGCAAAAAGUCAAUGAAACUAUUUAUGUUUAAAUCCCUCACAUAAACGAAAACACGUGAAAUGUUGAAAGUGAUUGUACAUUGCAAUUAGGCAAUGCGCUGCGACAACGACAACUUCAUACCGGCAUUACGCGAUUCAAGCGCCGAAAGACUGCCGAAGAGAAGAAUUAUAGAGUAUUCGCCAAAGAAACUGCAGGGCAACAACAAUGCGUCUGCAAACAGUGCCAUCGACAUUUGGCGUUACAUGAGCGUAGCUCAGCUGGCAAAGACGCUGCAGCGACCUUUGGAUGAUGUGCAGGAGGCAAUGCUGUAUGUGCGUGGAGCUGACAAUAUUGAGGCUGCUGCCAAGUUGGAAGAUCUCAAAAUCAUUCAAGAGAUCGCCAAGAAACUCGGUGUGAAGACACGUGUGGUUUCCGCACCUGAAACCUCUGGUGAGGAUGAGCACAAAGAGCGCGAUGUGACACCUAGGCCGCCAGCGGAAGCUGAACUGCUCCAGCAGCGUCCGCCGGUGGUCACAGUAAUGGGACAUGUGGAUCAUGGCAAGACAACGCUGCUGGAUUCACUGCGUGGCGCCGAUGUGGCUGCUGGCGAGGCAGGUGGCAUCACCCAGCAUAUUGGCGCCUUCACUGUGACCUUGGAGAACGGGGAGCGGGUCACGUUCUUGGAUACACCUGGUCAUGCGGCAUUCAGUGCGAUGCGAGCACGAGGCGCUGUAGCCACCGAUAUUAUUGUGCUUGUGGUAGCUGCAGAGGAUGGCGUAAUGGCGCAAACACGCGAGGUCAUCCAGCUGGCCAAGGAGGCGCAGGUUCCCAUCAUUGUGGCGCUGAACAAGAUCGACAAACCCGAGGCGAAUAUUGAAAAGAGCAAGCAGGAAUUGGCUCAAAUGGGCUUAGCACUGGAGGAGCAUGGCGGCGAUGUCCAAGUAAUUCCGAUAUCCGCACUGAAAGGCACCAAUCUGCAGAUGCUGGCCGAGGCUGUGAGCACGCAGGCUACAUUAAUGGGUCUGCGAGCAGAUCCCACGGGUCUGGUCGAGGGCAUUGUCGUAGAGUCCAAGACAGAUCCACGUCGAGGCAAGCUGUCCACAGCAAUUGUGUCGCGCGGCACGCUGCGCAAGGGUUCGGUGUUAAUAAGCGGCCUCUCGCAUGCCAAGGUGCGUGGUCUUUUCGAUCACAAUGGCCAACCUUUGACGGAGGCACCGCCUGGCACGCCAGUGGAGAUUUUAGGCUGGCGAGAGCUGCCGUUGGCUGGAGAGUUGAUAUUGGAGGUGGAAUCAGAGAAAAAAGCACACGCAGUGUUGAAGUAUCGCGAGCAUCAAGCGCAGCUUGAGAAGAUUGAGUCAACCAGCGAUGACAUACGCAAAAAAGAAGAGGAACAUCAGGCCAAGUAUCGUGCAGAGCGUGAGGCACGUCGGCUCGCCGGACGUUUCAGAAUGCGCGGUGGACAGCGUGUAAAGCAGGUCGAUCCCAGCGAUGGUUGUCCGAGGGUCAGUGUCAUAAUCAAGGGCGAUGUGCAUGGCUCAGUGGAGGCCAUACUGGAUGUGCUUGAAACUUACAACAGCAAUGAUCGUUGUCGCCUAGACAUUGUGCAUUAUGGCGUGGGUAAAGUGACUGAAGGUGAUCUGGAAUUGGCUAAGGCAUUUAAUGCCAUUAUUUAUGCCUUUUCGGUGGAGACGCCACAGCCAAAGUUUACUAAAGGCGUGACGGUGAAGAGCUGCAAUGUUAUAUAUCGACUGAUUGAUGAUCUGAAGAAACAGCUGAGUAGUCAACUGCCCGCUGUUGAGGUAGAAGAAUCGCUAGGCGAGGCAAAUGUGCUGCAAAACUUCUUCAUCAACGAGGGUCGUAAAGAGAUUCCAGUGGCAGGUUGUCGCUGCACCAAAGGUGUGCUGAAGAAGAGCCAAAGAUUCCGACUGCUAAGAGAUGACGAAAUUAUCUACGAUGGCACUUUGGAGUCGAUGCGUCAUUUGAAGAAUGAGGUAGAUUCGAUAAAGAAAGAUGUUGAAUGUGGUUUGCGCUUUAAGGACACGAAGGUGCUGCCACAAGCGGGUGACGUGCUGCAGUGCUACACCACACACAUGGAGGCACAGCAAACAGAUUGGGAUCCUGGAUUCUAGUGACUUUGUUGCAUGCCAAGUGACUUUCUAAUUGUUGCAGCUGCGGCAACAGCAGCAGCAAACUGUUAUCAGCUUUACAUAUAAUACUACACAUAUUAUAUCUUAUAGUUUUGUAUUAUAUAUUGUGUAUAUAAAACGAAUCCCACUAUCCGACUUCCUGUUGAUCUUACUGCUAUACUACGGCCACCCUUCACCCACAUGGUUAGCGUUUAGGAUAACGCGUUCAGUCGCUGCUGCUGUCGCUGUCGAUGUCGCUGCCGCAGCGGAAUUGUCGCUGAUAAGGCGUUCGUAGCAACGAAGAGACGCGACAGCGACAUCGACUGCGACUGCGUGCGCCCCUGGCUGGUCCAUGCCAUGUGCAUGCCAUGACGGAAGCUGCCUAAAUGGGUCAAAGCAAUGCUAAUUGGAGUUCACCCACACCAAGACAAGAGAGCGACCGACUAAAACCACAGUCAGUGUUUUCUUCUUGCUUUUCACGAUAAACGAUUUCCGUUGAGGGUGGCCAAUUAGCGCUUAGUUCCACAUUCUCAUGAAUGAAUGUGCUCUUAUUAUUUAAACCACAUCGCACAUUUAAUAUAAUCGCCCUACUGUAAUAUGUUUGCCUUGAAAUUUGCCCGUUUCAUUUUUUUUGUUUUUGCACUGCUCGUUGUAUUAGCUAACUGCCAGUAUAUGUUAUAUUAACUUUCCCUAGUGCCACGAGUGAUAAAACUUGGUUUAUUUUUAGACAUUGUAUAGCGAAUUCUAACAGCUCAAUCGAGCAACAUAAACAUUGACACAAAAUUCAAGUAAAUUCU